UCCUGAACGUUGAUCUAAUACAUUUCUGUAUGUUUCUUGGUGUCUUGUCUCACGGUUCACAUUUCCGAUUAUAUCUGCAUUCCGAUCAACGCAAGAUCAACGCCACCUUUGUCCCCGUUAGAGAUAUUAAUUUAUGGAUUCAGCGCGGUCCACAAGGCGCGGUAUCAUUUAAGAGCCGACAUGGAUGCGUGUAUCUGGUCGCAAAACCCCAAUCUACACGAGGCCAUUGCUAGGCUCUGAGCUAUUCGACGACCGAACCAGUGUUUUGCUUGAUGGUAUGACCGAUGCAUGUGUUGGCUUCACCUUUCGGAGUCUCUAUACCGCGGAUGAGGUGAAGCAACGUGCACGCAAUGCCUUCGGUAGACUUCGGUUUGCAUGUCCUAUCAUUGCAGCCAGCAUGGUGGGCGAUGUUUCCGGUCCUAUGCCGAGAUCCUGGGUAUAUGCGCCUGUACAAAGCCUGUCGGAGCUCACACACUGGAUGAAUAAUGCAUUUUGUACCGUGCAACGUGGAGACGAUCUGGAUGUCAACGCUUUCGUCGAAGAUAUCAGCCAACGUCGUCUCCCUUACGAGCUCCAGAACGCAAGUCCCCUCUGGUUCCGUUGCUAUCUUCUCUUGGGCAACAGAAACAGAUAUGGCCUCUAUUUUCAUGGUCCUCAUGCUAUUAUGGACGGCGGUCCGACACUCAAUGCAUUCGCACUCAUGUUUCAAUGGAUGACGAAUGAUACCAUCGAGCCUGCAGAGAAAUUACCCUGGGGGACAGAAUGGUACAAUCUGCCCCUUGGUCCUGUUGGUGCCACAGGUGGUCCGCGUGAAGAUUGGGAUAUUGCAGGCGUCGAGCUUCUGAAGCAACUUUCAGACUCCGAAGCGGUCCGCACGGUACCUUUGGAUACACACCCGUCUUGGAUAUCUCAGAGUGCCAUCGGAAAGACAUGUAGACUGGAGCGAGUUUUCGACCCGGCAUUGACGCGUAGGCUAGUCAACAAAGCGCGGAUCGUCGAUUGCACGAUGUCCCAUUUGUUUGAGGCUGCACAUUGCAUGGUGCUGCUCUCCCGCAACCAACUUCCACAAUCUAUGUGGGACGCCUACCACUUUUCAGCCAACUCCUCCGCCGCCUCGCUGAUUCCGCACCUGAGACUACCUUACGAUACGAAGACACAUUUCAUCUCCUCCCGCACGCAUUUACCAGUCCAAGUUCCCAUGGCCGAAAUAUCGUCUAUAGUUUUGCCCAGCAGGCAACUCUUGCGAAUUGCCCAAGCCCUGGAGCAAAGAUGCGCUAGGUUUGCUACACAUCCUUGUAUACCCCACGUUCAGGCUGCAAGGGCAUAUCAACCCGACGCUCUGUCAGAACGACCAGCCUUCGUGAGUUCCGUCAACAACGUUGGCCCCAUCGAGCGGCGACUGUCGUUGUUGUGGAAAGGAGGGCACGACCCUGAGCCAGUGAUUGAGCUGGAAUCCGUGUUGUUUUCGGUCAGGCUAACUUCUUUGGCUCCGUAAGAAGUUUGCACUUCUACUCAUUGGGUGUGUCUGAACACAUUAGCAGAAUAAUCCAUCUAUGGACCAUGAACGACAGUCUACAUGUUCAGAUUCAAGCAAAUGACGCCUGGCCAGAAGCAGACUUACAGGACCUUCUGGACGACAUCUGUUGCAGAG